CCAUGAGCCAACCGUCGGAGGAAAAGAUGGACAUCGAUAAUGAGAGUGCAUCGGCUACCGGGAGCACCUCAUCGGCCGCUUCGCUCGCUGCAAUGCCAGCGGUUGCAUCCACCUCGAAAGCAUCCUCACCACCGGUGGUAGCAGCUGGUGUAUCGGAUAGUGCCGGCGGUGCCAGUGGUUCCGGGACUGGAAAGUCGAUGGCCGUACCCGUACAGUCGGUGGUAACGGAGGGCCGGAAUGUGAUGGCUGGCAGUGUAACGAUUCCAUCCGUUACCUGUUCGCUACAUCCGCUGGUAAUUAUGAACAUUGCGGACCACUGGACACGUACCCGGGCACAGAAGAGUAGCAAACCGUUGGUGUUUGGUGCACUGAUCGGUAAGCAGAAGGGACGGAACAUUGAGGUGAUGAACUCGUUCGAGCUGAAGUACGAUAUAGUGAACGACGUGGUGAUUAUAGCGAUGGAUUACUAUCAGGUGAAGGAAGAGCAGUAUAAACAGGUGUUUAGUGACCUGGAUUUCCUUGGAUGGUACACAACGGAUACGGUGCCGUCGGAGAAACACAUCAACAUUCACAAACAGAUCUGCGAAAUUAACGAGUGUCCCUUGAUGUUGUUGCUGGAUCCGCUCAAUCGGAACAUGAACCUCCCAAUCGCACUGUACGAAUCCGUUAUCGAUAUAGUGCAGGGUGAAGCAAUGAUGCUGUUCGUCCCGCUCGUCUACACACUCGCGACGGAUGAAGCGGAACGUAUCGGUGUCGAUCAUGUGGCCCGCAUGUCCAACAAUGAGACUGACACAAACUCCACCGUAGCCGAACAUCUGCUCGCACAGUAUAAUGCGAUUAAAAUGUUAAACUCCCGGGUAAAGAUCAUACUGGCGUACAUCAAGGCGGUCGAGAGUGAGCAGCUCAAACCGAAUCAGGAAAUACUACGGAUGGCUUACUCGCUGAGCCGUCGACUACCGAUAGUACAGAAUCCUUCGUUUAAGGAAGAUUUUUACACGCAAUCCAACGACGUCGGACUGAUCACAUACCUGGGCGCCCUAACGAAGGUAGCGAACGAUAUGAAUCAGCUGGUAAAUAAGUUUAACGUGCUCUACGACCGUCAAGCAAUGGGACGACGCUUGCGGGGCAUUUUCUUCUAAAAA